AUGUCCCGAGGCGCAGCAAAGCUACGCGAAAUGAUCCAGACCGGGCGCACAAUCGUGUCGCCUGGCGUAUACGAGGGCCUCGGAGCCCGCGUGUGCCUCCAGAACGGCUUCGAUACCCUCUACAUGACGGGAGCGGGCACGGCGAUCGGGCAACUGGGUAUGCCUGAUCUUGGCUUGACGACUGCGGACGACAUGGUGCGCAAUGCGGCCAUGUUGGCCGGGUUGGAUCGCAAUGUACCCGUGAUUGCGGAUGCGGAUACUGGGUUCGGAGGGCCGGUGAUGGUCCAGCGGACAAAACGCUGUGGACACCUGGGCGGCAAGGAGCUCGUGGACGAAGCUACGUUCCUGGCGCGGAUCCGUGCGGCCGUGGCCGCGCGAGAACGGACCCACUCCGACAUUGUGAUUAUUGCCCGCACGGACGCCCUCCAGAGCCUAGGUUUUGACGCGGCAAUCGACCGACUCAAGAAGGCUGUCGAGGCAGGAGCAGACAUGUGCUUCCUCGAGGGCAUGACGAGUAAGGAGCAGAUGGCCGAGAGUGUCAAGCAGCUGUCACCAACACCAUGUAUGCUGAACAUGGUCAAUGGGGGGGUGACGCCGCUUGUGGACGCCAAGGAGACGCAGGCGAUGGGGUAUGCUCUGGUGAUCUGGCCGAUUUUCGCCCUCAUGGCGGCGUUUAAUGCGUAUGAAAAGGCCGCAAAGGAGCUCAAGUCGACCGGGUUUUUGGAGAACAUCAAGGACAGUCCAGGCGGGCCUGUACGGGGGGGCGUGCGUGAAGUCUUCGAACUCUGUGGGAUGAAUGAGUGCGUCGAAUUCGACAGGCAGAUGGGUGGCGGGACGUAUGCCAAGGGCGGGCCUUAA